AUGUCCACUUCCGCAAUCCACGGUCCAGGCAUCCUCUUCGUCCGUUCCCGUAUAUCUCCCUCCGCCCACGACCUACUCACCGAGCCAACAUUCCUAGGCUGGUACGACAAUGAGCAUAUCCCCGAAGUAGUUUCCACGUCUAGUAUCCACUCUGCAUUUCGCUACGUUGAUAUCUGCAAGUCUUCUUCUGUCGGCGAUGCACAGAAUCCGAAGCCAUUUUUAGCAUGUUAUCCUAUGGAGGACUUGGCCUUUACGUUGGGUGACGAGUUCAAGAAAAUUGGGUUUAGAAGUAGUGCGCUACCGGGUAGUGGUGUGAUUUACGAUUUGGCGGAUAUGGAUGUCAGUUACCUGGGUUUUGUGGGUGCGACGACGAAGAGGAGAGAGGGGACAGAAGGGAGUCAAAAGUACAUGAUUACAUCGGGCAUUAGACCGGAGAAGCAGUUGGAAGAAGAAGAGGUCACUGCUUUCUUCCAAAAGCAAAUAUCUUCUCUCGAACACACACCACAGUACAUGCGUACGCUGCGCUUCAGGCUCCUUUACGCAAGGACCAAUGCACAGUCUCGUGCUCUCAAAGGGUUGCCGACGACAGACGAACCUCAUCCUGAACCUUCCACUUGGCUGGCUAUGCAUGAGUUCGCGGAAGUGCCGGAUGAAGGGGUGAUGAGAACGUUGGGUGGUGGUGUGAAGAAAGCUGCUGAAGAGGAGGGAUGGGGCGCGACGGAAAGCGAGAUGCUUAUUUGGAGAGUCGAUCGUGCGCAUGGGGAGGGUAAGUUCUUUGACAAGUGA